GAGUUCAUAGUUCACCUGAGUGUGUAGCAAUUUUACUAACUUAACAUUUUUACGACACCGCCCGGUCAACUUCCGCAAGAAAACUUGUUUCGGAUCAACGUUCUUUAGAUUGAUCGUACAACUGACUGAUAGACUGAAACAACUGUAAAGAUGUCCCAGGCCCUGAUUGGAAUAGCAUCAUUUGUAGCAGCUUUGGCACUAUUUGGAAACUUCUCUAUUCACAAAAUAGAGGAAGGUCAUGUUGGAGUUUAUUAUAGGGGAGGGGCUUUAUUGAGCAGUGUGAGCUCCCCGGGCUAUCAUUUCAUGUUUCCUUUCAUCACCUCAUUCAGGAGUGUUCAGACUACCCUGCAAACAGAUGAGAUUAAAAAUGUUCCCUGCGGUACAAGUGGUGGAGUGAUCAUCUACUUUGACCGAGUGGAGGUAGUCAACAAGCUGGACGUGAAGGCAGUCCACCAGAUUGUGAAGGAUUACACUGCAGACUACGAUAGCGUGCUCAUUUAUAACAAGAUCCACCACGAACUCAACCAGUUUUGCAGCGUACACAACCUCCAGGAUGUCUAUAUUGACCUUUUUGAUCAGAUAGAUGAGAACCUGCGGAAUUCAUUACAGCAGGACCUAAUUGAGAAUGCCCCUGGGCUGACGGUGCAGGCAGUCCGUGUCACCAAGCCCAAGAUACCAGAAACCAUCAGACAAAACUAUGAGAAAAUGGAAGCUGAGAAGACAAAGUUGCUGAUUGCAGUGCAGAAACAGAGAGUCGUGGAAAAGGAGGCGGAAACAGACAGGAAAAAGGCCAUUAUCGAGGCUGAGAAGAACGCAUCCGUGGCUAAGAUACAGUGGGAGCAGAAAGUCAUGGAGAAAGAAUCGGAGAAGAGGAUGUCAGAAAUUGAAGACACAACACAUUUAGCCAAAGAGAGGGCUAUGGCUGAUGCAAAUUACUACAGGGUUGAAAGAGAAGCAGAAGCUAACAAGUUAAGACUGACACCGGAGUACUUAGAAAUGCUACGCUACCAGUCAAUUACUACAAAUACAAAGGUGUUUUUUGGCAACAAAAUACCAGACAUCUUUGUUGAUCCUACAGCGUUUGCUCAGUCAUCAGCAUCUUCUCAAAGUUCUCUACCAGCAUCCGGAAACAAAAAGACGUGAUGACUUGAUCCUGCACAUACCUCUCCGACCUGUGAUAUCCACUGUCAGAAAUCAACCAUCCUACUGUUGAGAUAUCAUUCUUCCAUUAAAGACAAUGGUGCCUUCAGCAUUAUUCAAAACAGCUUCAGGGCAGAUUGAUGCCUUGUGUAAUUUGUGUAAAUGACAUUUAAAAAAACACAUUUAAUGAAAUGCAAACAUCUUUUGUACACUAAUGUAUUUCUUUUUAAUUACAUUGCUAUUUCUAAAUCAUGAUUUUAAUUAACUAUUCUAUGUAAGAAUUAGAGUUGUUUUUAAUAUAUUUUCAGUCAAGUUCAUGUUUUUAUCAUACAGGCACAUUCCUGUUUGGAAAAAAAUAAUCUUAAUAUUCCUAUAUAUAAUUUAUGUUAUAAUAUAAGUAGAUAACCUCAAACUGGCCUUCUCUCGUGUGGUUUAUCUACCCACUCCCAUGUGGGUCCUUAGACCAUAUCAUUGAGUCCGUGUUCACUGUCAUUUAGCCAACUGUUUAACUGGUACUUAGGCUUAUAUUCAGUUAAGAGAUUUAAAUUUUUUUUCUUCAAGUUCCAAAUAGUAUCUUAAGAAAUGUUAUGGUUGUUGUUUUUUUUGUUAUUAUACAUGUAGUCAUAAAAUAAUACUUUUGGAUAGCAGGUUCUUUUUAUUUUACAUUUCUUAGUAGCUAGUCAUUGUGACUCUGCGAUGUUUAUACAGAUAAAUCAUUAUUUGCUUAGCUUUCCUACUUUUGUGAGGGAUUUAUGAAAUCAAGUUGAUAUCGUUGAAAAAUGGUUGUGCAGAAGACAUAUGUUCAGAAUGAAAGUUUGAGUAAAAUAUGUGUUGUAUGUUAAGUAUGACUUAUAAACAGAAUUUGUGGACAUGAAGAAAUUGUGUAUUUUGUAUGUCUUUAUGUUUUACAUCCAGGAAUUAGAUAUUGUGUGUGUGAAUCUGCCGUCAUGUUCAUGUAACAAGUCAUUGUUGUAGUGCCGUUCAUCUUCCUGUGAGGGGUUUCAUCUUGCAUGAUGUGACUGCAACUCAUUCCUUUCAUUGUCUUAUAUCUUCCUCAUUUCAUCCACAUUAUAUACAUGUAUCACUUUUGGUCCAUUAUUACAAUGUAUAGCCAUAACCUAGUUUACAUUACUUUUUGUGAAGAAAAAACGCACGUGUCUUUUCAUAGAUAAUGUAGGCAAUUUGCAACUGAAACUUAAUGAUGUUGAUACAUGUGAUCCUUUUUAUGCCCCCAAAGGUGGGCAUAUUAAAAUCACACCGUCCGUCCGUCCGUCCGUCCGUCCGUCCGUCCAGCUCUGUAACUUUCCCUUGUAUGGACAGAUUUUAAAAUAACUUGCCACAUGUGUUCCACAUACCAAGACGACGUGUGGCGUGCAAGACUCGUGUCCCUACCUCAAAGGUCAAGGUCACACUUAGUGUUUAUUCACAAUGGAGUGCUGCAUAUAAGGACAUAGAGUAUAGGUUGUCGUGUCCGGGCUGUAACUUUCUCUUGUAUGGACAGAUUUUAAAAUAACUUGCCACAUGUGUACCACAUACCAAGACGACGUGUCGCGUGCAAGACCCGUGUCCCUACCUCAAAGGUCAAGGUCACACUUAGUGUUUAUUCACAAUGGAGUGCUGCAUAUAAGGACAUAGAGUAUAGGUUGUCGUGUCCGGGCUGUAACUUUCUCUUGUAUGGACAGAUUUUAAAAUAACUUGCCACAUGUGUUCCACAUACCAAGACGACGUGUUGCGUGCAAGACCCGUGUCCUUACCUCAAAGGUGAAGGUCACACUUACUGUUUAUUCACAAUGGAGUGCUGCAUAUAAGGACAUAGAGUAUAGGUUGUCGUGUCCGGACUGUAACUUUCUCUUGUAUGGACAGAUUUUAAAAUAACUUGCCAGUCAUGUGUUCCACAUACCAAGACGACGUGUCGCCUGCAAGACCCGUGUCCCUACCUCAAAGGUCAAGGUCACACUUAGUGUUUAUUCACAAUGGAGUGCUGCAUAUAAGGACAUAGAGUAUAGGUUGUCGUGUCCGGGCUGUAACUUUCCCUUGUAUGGACAGAUUUUAAAAUAACUUGCCAAAUGUGUUCCACAUACCAAGAUGACGUGUCGCCUGCAAGACCCGUGUCCCUACCUCAAAGGUGAAGGUCACACUUAGUGUUUAUUCACAAUGGAGUGCUGCAUAUAAGGACAUAGAGUAUAGGUUGUCCUGUCCGGGCUGUAACUUUCCCUUGUAUGGACAGAUUUUAAAAUAACUUGCCAAAUGUGUUCCACAUACCAAGAUGACGUGUCGCCUGCAAAACCUGUGUCCCUACCUCAAAGGUCAAGGUCACACUUAGUGUUUAUUCACAAUGGAGUGCUGCAUAUAAGGACAUAGAGUAUAGGUUGUCGUGUCCGGGCUGUAACUUUCUCUUGUAUGGACAAAUUUUAAAAUAACUUGCCACAUGUGUUCCACAUACCAAGACGACGUGUCGCGUGCAAGACCCGUGUCCCUACCUCAAAGGUCAAGGUCACACUUAGUGUUUAUUUACAAUGGAGUGCUGCAUAUAAGGACAUAGAGUAUAGGUUGUCGUGUCCGGGCUGUAACUUUCCCUUGUAUGGACAGAUUUUAAAAUAACUUGCCAUAUGUAUUUGACACGUAAAGGCAAGAUCAACUUUUCAUGUACUGACCUUGUUAGUAGGUCAAUGUCACAUUCGGGGGCAUUCGUCACAUACUGUGACAGCUCUUGUUUUCACCUUUUGUUGAAUGGGGUCAGAGCCCUUUGAUGGGGUGAGAGCCCAUUGAGUUGUUAAAUCAGAAAUUUAUAAAACGGCUAUUAUUAUUGCUAGAAAUUGGGCUUUUAUGCUUAAAUACACCUACCAGCUACAGAAAGGGAUUUACAUUAGUCCAUGAAAAUAAAGAACCCAUGUUAUAUUAUGUAGAAUUAUAUAUUUUUCAGAUAUUCAAGUCAAUUUUACAACUACUUUUCUGAAAAAAAUAGUGUUUUGGGAAUUGUGCAUGUGGCCUUGUUUUGAUCCCAUUUUGGGUACAAAAACCCAUGCAAGUCAUCAUUGUUGGUUGGACAGAUAAAUGUUUACUUUAUUGCUGAAGGAAGUGUGUACGGUGUUUUUAGCUGACUAUUCAAAGAAUAAGGAGAGCUAUACUACUCACCCUGGCGUCGGCGUCACACCUUGGUUAAGGUUUUGCAUGUAAGCACCUUUAAGUCAUUAUCUCAGUAAAUACAUCAUUUAUUGCAUUGAAACUUUGGAUAUGUAUUCCCAACUAUCUAACCUACUAAAUUAAUGAAAUUAGAUAAGACUUAUUUGAAUAUAAUGCAAAUAAUUGGCCUUUAUAAUUCAACUUAGAAAUUGUGGUAAAGGUUUUGCAUGUAAGCACACAUAGGUUAAUAUCUCAGCAACUACUUGAUGUAUUGCAUUGAGACUUUAUACAAUGGUACUCAACCAUCCAACAUAUUUAAUAAACCAUGUUAGAUAGCUCUAGUUUUCAUUUAAUGCAAAUAAUUGCCCUUUAUUAAUAGACUUAGAAAUUCUGGAUAAGGUUUUGCAUGUAAGCACACAUAAUUUUUAUGUUAUUAUCUCAGCAACUACUUGAUGUAUUGCAUUGAGACUUUAUACAAUGGAACGCAACCAUCCAAUCUACUUAAAUAACCAAGUAAGAUAACUCUAGUUUGCAUUAAAUUCAAAUAAUGGCCCCUUUUUUAUUCAACAUAGAAAUUCGGGUUAAGAUUUUGCAUGUAACCACUUUUAAGUCAAUGCUUCAGCAAAUACAUCAUGUAUUGCAUUGAAACUUUACACACAGGCUCCCAACCAUUUAACCUUCUUAUUUCAUCAAGUAAGAUAAGUCUACCUUUCAUAUUAUAUAUUUUUUGCCCCUUUAUUAUGCGACUUGGAAAUUCUGGUUAAGGUUUUGCAUAUUAGCACACAUAAUAUUUCAGCAACUACUUGAUGUAUUGCAUUGAGAUUUUAUGCAAUGGUACUCAAUCAUCCAACCUUCUUAACUAAUCAAGUUAGAUAACUCGAUCUUGCAUAUAAUAUAAAUUUUGCCCCUUUAUUAUUUGACUUAAAUUCUGGUCAAGGUUUUGCAUGUAAGCACAUAUAGGUUAAUAUCUCACCAACUACUUGGUUUAAUGAAUUGAGAAGUAAUACAGUGAUCCAUGCAUGUUUCGCCAAAACUUUUCAAUCUGUACACUGAAAAGCGACGGAAAAUGCGAGCACGCUGUCUCUGUGACAGCUCUUAAUCUUUAAAGCUGUUAUGUUUUCUUUUUUUUUCAAACUGAGAGCUUAUUAUUUAUCUUACCAGUAUGUUUAUUAUAAUAUUUCUUUCUCGCUUCAGUAGAAAAUUGCUUAAACAUAUACCCGCUUAAAUCAGCUGCCAGGGACCUUGAUCUGUCAGGGUUAUUUUUCUUUUUUUCAAUUAUGACUUGUACUCUAGUUUUGUAUUGUUUAUUUUGUUUGAAUACUUACAGUAUGCUUUGAUGUUUUUUACAUUGCUCAAUACUGAAAUGUAUAUUUCAAUGAUGACUAGUAUAAUUUAUGGUAUAAAAUAUUAAACAAUA